CGGUGACUGCUUUACCGACACCCCUCGCAAGGUGUCCUUCCUGCCCACAAUCCCAUGGGAUGAGCAGCGUGAGGAAAAGAAAAAUGGCGACUUGCUGUUGAUGUUUUUUGUGUGUUGAACGAAAACCAUCGUCAUCUGCUUAUCUAGAGAAAGUAUUUCAGCGUUACACCUCCUGUGGUAAGGUAUCCAGUAUGACGUCCAUCCUGAAGCUGACCCCCCUGAGCGGAGUGCAUGAUGAGACCCCCCUGUGUUACCUGCUGCAGUUUGAUGAGUUUCGGUUCCUGUUGGACUGUGGCUGGGACGAGAAGUUCACCAUGAGCUAUGUGGACAACAUGAAGAAGUAUGCCCACCAGAUUUACAUGUAUGCUGUGCUGAUCUCCCACCCAGACCCCCUACACCUGGCGGAGAUAUUCAACACUGUACGAGACGAUGGGAACGUGUUGGUGUCCAUCGAUACGGCAGGCAGAGUGCUGGAGCUGUCACAACUUCUGCUCAGGAGGAAACUCAGGGAUGAGCAGCUCCUCAGUAAGUCUUACCUUAACUAUGUCCAGCUCAGGGGGAAACUCAGGGAUGAGCAGCUCCUCAGUAAGUCUUACCUUAACUAUGUCCAGCUCAGGGGGAAACUCAGGGAUGAGCAGCUCCUCACUCAGGGACGAGCAGCUCCUCAGAGGAAACUCAGGGAUGAGCAGCUCCUCAGUAAGUCUUACCUUAACUAUGUCCAGCUCAGGAGGAAACUCAGGGAUGAGCAGCUCCUCAGUAAGUCUUACCUUAACUAUGUCCAACUCAGGAGGAAACUCAGGGAUGAGCAGCUCCUCAGUAAGUCUUACCUUAACUAUGUCCAACUCAGGAGGAAACUCAGGGAUGAGCAGCUCCUCAGUAAGUCUUACCUUAACUAUGUCCAGCUCAGGAGGAAACUCAGGGAUGAGCAGCUCCUCAGAGGAAACUCAGGGAUGAGCAGCUCCUCACUCAGGGACGAGCAGCUCCUCAGUAAGUCUUACCUUAACUAUGUCCAGCUCAGGAGGAAACUCAGGGAUGAGCAGCUCCUCAGUAAGUCUUACCUUAACUAUGUCCAGCUCAGGGAUGAGCAGCUCCUCAGUAAGUCUUACCUUAACUAUGUCCAGCUCAGGGAUGAGCAGCUCCUCAGUAAGUCUUACCUUAACUAUGUCCAGCUCAGGGACGAGCAGCUCCUCAGUAAGUCUUACCUUAACUAUGUCCAGCUCAGGAGGAAACUCAGGGAUGAGCAGCUCCUCAGUAAGUCUUACCUUAACUAUGUCCAGCUCAGGGAUGAGCAGCUCCUCAGUAAGUCUUACCUUAACUAUGUCCAGCUCAGGGAUGAGCAGCUCCUCAGUAAGUCUUACCUUAACUAUGUCCAGCUCCUCAGUAAGUCUUACCUUAACUAUGUCCAGCUCCUCAGUAAGUCUUACCUUAACUAUGUCCAGCUCAGGAGGAAACUCAGGGAUGAGCAGCUCCUCAGUAAGUCUUACCUUAACUAUGUCCAGCUCCUCAGUAAGUCUUACCUUAACUAUGUCCAGCUCCUCAGUAAGUCUUACCUUAACUAUGUCCAGCUCAGGAGGAAACUCAGGGAUGAGCAGCUCCUCAGUAAGUCUUACCUUAACUAUGUCCAGCUCCUCAGUAAGUCUUACCUUAACUAUGUCCAACUCAGGAGGAAACUCAGGGAUGAGCAGCUCCUCAGUAAGUCUUACCUUAACUAUGUCCAGCUCCUCAGUAAGUCUUACCUUAACUAUGUCCAGCUCCUCAGUAAGUCUUACCUUAACUAUGUCCAGCUCAGGAGGAAACUCAGGGAUGAGCAGCUCCUCAGUAAGUCUUACCUUAACUAUGUCCAGCUCCUCAGUAAGUCUUACCUUAACUAUGUCCAACUCAGGAGGAAACUCAGGGAUGAGCAGCUCCUCAGUAAGUCUUACCUUAACUAUGUCCAGCUCAGGAGGAAACUCAGGGAUGAGCAGCUCCUCAGUAAGUCUUACCUUAACUAUGUCCAACUCAGGAGGAAACUCAGGGACGAGCAGCUCCUCACGGAGAUAUUCAACACUGUACGAGACGAUGGGAACGUGUUGGUGUCCAUCGAUACGGCAGGCAGAGUGCUGGAGCUGUCACAACUUCUGGAGCAAUACUGGCAGAAUGCAGAGACCGGCCUGCAGGCCUACAACUUGUGUCUGCUGAACAACGUAGCCUACAACGUGGUCGAGUUUGCAAAGUCACAGGUGGAGUGGAUGAGUGAUAAGAUCAUGCGUGUGUUUGAGGACAACAGGAACAACCCGUUCCAGUUCAAACACCUGAAGCUGUGUCACAGUCUGAGCGAGCUGCACAAAGUUCCUGAUCCCAAGGUUGUUCUUGCAUCCGUGCCCGAUCUGGAGUCAGGGUUCUCACGGGAGCUGUUCGUGCAGUGGUGUCAGAACCAAAAGAACACUGUGGUGCUGACGUCGCGGCCCGGCCCCGGCACCCUGGGGAGGAUGCUGAUCGACAACCCCAAGAUGAAGACAUUCACCUUACAGGCGAGAAAAAGAGUUCGGCUUGAGGGACCCGAGCUGGAAGAGUACCUGCAGGAAGAGAAGAAAGAAAAGGAAGAGAAAAAGAGAAGAGAAUCAAAGGCAAAGGGAGAUGAGUCGGACACCAGUGAAAGUGAGGAUGAGAUGGAGGUGGAGGGGUCCAGCUUCCCGGGCGGGGUGAAGGGCGUGGCGAAGCAUGAUCUAAUGAUGCAGGCGGAGGGUGGCAGGAAGGGCGGGUUCUUCAAGCAGGCCAAGAAAGCGUACCCCAUGUUCCCCGCACCCGAGGAGAGGGUCAAGUGGGACGACUACGGCGAGAUCAUCAAGCCAGAGGACUACAUGGUUGUAGAAAUGACUCAGGCAGAAGAGGAGAAAGCUAAAGCAGAAGGAGAAGCUGCUGCUCAAGAAGAAUUUGCAGAAGAGCUUACAGACGUCCCGACUAAGAGUAUUGUACAGGAGCUGACUCUGGACAUCAAGCCCAGGACCUGCACCUCAACCUCUGUACAGGUCAUAGUUCACGGUAACAGUGAGUCCACCCUGCUGCUGGCUGAAGUGUGCCGCUCCACGGCGGGGAUGGUCCAGGAAAAGGUCUUCACCCCCCGGCUGAAUGAAACUGUCGAUGCCACCAUGGAGAGCCACAUCUACCAGGUGAAGCUAAAGGACUCUCUGGUGAGCUCUCUGCAGUUCUACAAGGCUCGGGACACGGAGCUGGCCUGGGUGGACGGUCAGCUGGACCUGACCACUCCGGCCACCGACACCUCCGCCCUGCUGGAGGAGGGAGAGGUCCAGGAGAUGGAGGAGGAGGAGGAGCAGAAGAAGAAGGGCAAGUCUGCUAAGGCAGCUGCUGAGGAGUCCAGAGAGACCGUUCCUACCCUGGAGGCCCUGCCUAUCAGCCAGAUCCCAGGCCACGAGGCCGUGUUCAUCAACAAGCCGCGCCUGUCUGACAUCAAGCAGGUUCUGCAGAAGGAGGGAAUCCAGGCCGAGUUCUCAGGGGGGGUGCUCAUCUGUAACAACGUGGUGGCGCUCAAAAGGAACGAAUCUGGGAGGAUCGGGAUGGAGGGCUGCAUAUGUGAGGACUACUACAAAGUGCGCAAGCUGCUGUACGAACAGUACGCCAUCGUCUGAUUGUACCAACACUCGCCGCUUUCCUGUGGCGCUGAAGAAAUUCCACUACUUCAACAUUCAAGAUAUAUCAGUGUCUGUAACAUCUACUAACAUAAUUCUGCCAGUCCACAUACAUGAUUGUAUAUCCCUGGAAAAUGCGUCUAAAGAGAUCUACAAUGCAAUGUCCCCCAAGUACAUGUAUAAUGCUCUCCUGCCUAAAUUGCACAUACCUGGGCAGUGCUGCACUAGAGAUCUCUCAGACACACUGUUUCUCAAAGUGGCAAACAUAUUUAACCUUGGAGAUGUAUCUAUCUGCCACCCUGAAAAUACAUCUUACGAGAUCUGCAAUGCAAGUGUCUCCAAGUCUAUAAUGCUCUACUGCAUAUCUAAUAAACUGUGCAUAUCUGGGGGGUGCUGCACUGCAGACCUUUCAAACACACGUUUUUCAACUUAAUUGAUAUACGUAAACCGACAGUAACAACUGUCUGGAAAAAUGCUCAAAAAAAAAAAGACAUACACCAGAGAAACCAAAAGACAUUGAAUGAAGCCCCUGUAUUAUUUUGACAUCGUCUCUGAAGUUCCUUGAGGCUAUUGUUCAGUUAUUGUUACAGUGAAAAUCUUCUGUUUUAAAAUACAUAGAUUUAGCUUUUGUAAAAAGUGUUGUAAAUAAAUAUUGCAUUUACUGUA